AUGGCCGCCCUUAUGCGGCUGCUGGUUGAGGCCACAGGGCCGCCUCGCGGGGACGACAGGGGCGGUGGCAGCGCGAGCGGCAGCUCUGAGCCGCUCUGGCUGGCGGCUGCCGCAGAGGGGGACCGCGCGCAGACGGCGCGCUGGGCCGCCGUGCUGGCUGAUGGCGCGAUGACGCUUGUCAGCAUUCGCGCUCUCAACGCAAGGGGCCGCGACGACGCCGACAGCAGGCAGCGGCGGCGCUCUGCCCUGACGCUUGCCGAGGCAUUCAGCGCCUCGCCCGGCGCCGUGGCGGCCUUGAUUGCCGCGGCGGCAACCGAGGAGUCCCUGCGGCGGCCGGACGGCGCAGUUUUUGACAUGUUCUGGAUGAUGAGCCGGAUUCCGAGGUUUGUGGCGCCACUCAAGGUCCAAGAAGAGGUGAUGACCCGCGUCGCCGUGCAGCUGGAGCCGUGCGCGGCUGAAGCCGCGGCGCUGGCCUGCGGGGCCCUGCGGGCGGAGCUGGCCGGCGGCCGCAACGGCUGCAUCCUGCCCCUGGGGCUUCUGCAGUUUCUCAGUCUCAGCGCCGCCGGCGCGGUUGCGCUGCUGCGGCUGCCGCCGGGCGAGGGGCUUGACCUGUUGGCACCCUUGCUCAUGGCGCGGGAGCGCCGCGACGGCCGCCGCGGCGGGGCACGCGGCGGCAGCGACACCCAGCAAAGCUCCGCGGCAGGCGCACGGCUGGGCCGGCCAGCCGGCGCAGCAAGCUUGGCUGAGCUCCCCUUUGAUGGCAGCAUUCUUCAUGCGAUCUGCAGUGUUUUCACCCACGCAUCAAAAGCAAGGUGGGAUGACGAGCAGGCCGGCACCGAGGCCGCGCAAAGCGCCCGGCCGAGCACAGCAAACGGGCCCACUGACCCCGCGCGCGCGCGGGACGCGGUGGCGGCGCUCACGGGGCCGCUGCUGGAGGUCGCGGCCGGGCGGGGCGGCGCUGCGGGAUUGCGCGGCGAUCCCAGGCUGCGCAUGACUUUUCUUGCCCUGCAUGCCUUGGAGCAGAGCGUUUGGAGCAUUGGGGUCAUCGGCCAGGGGGCUCAGAUGGCUGGAGUGCACCCCAGCAGCAGCAGGAGGGGGCCCGCGCGCCAGGUUGGAAAUGAGGGCGAGGGCGAGGACUUUGCAUUUCCCAUUUAUUUGCACGCCGGCUCGGCGGCGACCCUGGCUGGGGUUCUGCAGGCAGCGCUUGAGGCCGCAGCCAGCAGUGACACCGGCCGCGAGGUCGUCGCUACGGCUGCUGCACUGUUGAACACAGCCGCCCAGACGGGCUGCGGGUCGGCGCACGCCCAGUGGUGCCGCGACGCAAUCGCGGCGGGGCUGCCCUCGCUGCUGCUGCGCGCGGCCGUGCAGAUCUCAGCUCAGCAGGACGACCCCAUCUCGGCUGCCAAGGCAUCCAUUGCCGCGUGCCUGAUGGCGUACAUGGAAGGCGGCUGCUCGUGCGUGGUCGACCUGGCUGCGCGUCCCGGGGCCGCAACCGCCGUCGUGGGCGCGCUACUGCGCUGCGCGGCUGCGACGCGGGCGGGCGGCCCCGGGGCCAGCAGUCGCGACUGCCUGCUCAUGGCGGACGGCGCGGGAAUGGCUGGGCUGCUGCUGUCAAUGAUGGCAGCUGCUGCCUGCGAGGAUGACGCCGAGGCCAGCGAUGCGGCAGAGCAGCAGUGUCAGCAUGUGGAGGAGACCGUUUGGGGCAACCUCAAUGACAACAUUGAGAAGGCGCAUUCGGCGGCCGAGGCCGCGCUGCUGCGGCUGGGUGCAGCCGGGGGGCGAGGUGGCGCGCUGGCGGCGGACGCGGCAGCUGCCCUGGGCUUCCUGCGGCGCCGCGAGGCGCCGCCGCCGCUGUCUGGACCGGGGGCCCUACUGCAGGCCGGCGGUCGGCGCUGCUUGGCGUGCGGCAAGGGGCGUGGCCGCGGGGUGACGCUCAGGCGCUGCAACGGCUGCAGGGCGGAGGGCGUGUUCUACUGCUCGGUGGAGUGGUGA